CGGAUAGUGAUUUGUCAUUCUAAAAAAUCCAAACUCUUUGCAUCUACCCAUAUACAGAAAUUGAGUACAGACAAACAGUAAAUAAACGUAGAAGUCACUCCUCAAUCGUUAUUAUCCGGGAGCAUCCCGGUCUCUACAAUGAUGUAACUAUUAUUGUAUGGAUGACUCAACUUUAGAUUUCACUUCUCCUUUGUUUGAUUCUUUGAAAGCUUUAUACACUGAUGACUUACGACCACCCAUGCCUAUCAAAGCUCUAGACAAUUUAGCAGCCUAUGAAUCUGUGAUGAUGGGCAAGAAACGGAGCGGGAAAGACAAAGAAUGUGACAGUGAGGAGAAUGAGUUGAAAUCAAGUGAGAGUGGGCAACGACAAACACGUACGAGAGUGUCAGAUGGAGGCAAAGCAAGUAAAAUCGACAAACCACAAGCAUCAACGAGUUUGAACUAUAAAACAAGAACUUUGCUACAUAAAAUGAAAGAGAGAGAGGAAGGGCCGAUGAAACUCCUACAGAACUGUUGUAAACACGGACAUUUAGUGCGAGUGUGGAUUCGAAGAGCCGUUGGACUACGUGGACACCUAGUGGGCCGUGUAAUCGCCUACGACAAGCACAUGAACUUGGCAAUGCGUAACGUGCAUGAAGAUUGGGUUGUUAAUCCUAAGCAAACAUACAUCUCAAAAGUUGCUCAACCAACAGACAGUUGUAAACAAGUUGAUAUCAAUAGCAAAGACAGUAAACUACAAAAUGUCGAAACGUCAGAAUGUGGACGUGCGGAGUCCGAGAGAUUAGGAGUGGAGGUUGUCAUGGCAACUGCUGGGUUAGAGACUGAUGUGUGUGUUGCUUCAGAACAAAUGGCGAAGAAACGAAAACGAAGAAAAAAGAAGUGUGGUGAUGCACAGCCAGUUGUUAGUGAGCGAUUUGUGAAACAGUUGUUUGUACGUGGAGACAAUAUUGUGAUGAUUUCGCCAUAUAAAAAAACAAAAUCAGAGAGAUGACUAUAACUUCUGUACAUCAUUUGGUAUUUGGAAUACUUUGGUGUCUAAUUAAACUGAGGGAAAUCAGCAGGCCUCCUUCAGGUGGCGUCUCCUGAGGAGUGGAGAUGUAACUCAUGGUCAUCAUGCAUCUCCGUUGCAUCAUACCCCAUACUGAGGUCGCCCUUAUGGGCAACCACAGGUAAGGAUUAUCCCUACUAAUGGUGAGGAUGGUCAGUCCUGUGGUUGUCAUUU